AUGACUUUCAUCUUCUCUGUUUUCCAGGCCUCAUCUCUUGUCAAAGAGUGUAUGGAGUAUUUAGAACACAUACAGAGCACAAACCCUCCCGUGUGUACCUGCUUGAGUACAUUGCAGGCUUUUGAGGAGCGUUUCAAAGACUUCUCGCCCCAGCACUUUCAGGACAAGAGCUCGGCGCUGCUGGAGAGGCACCCGAAGGGGAUAUGGAUGUGGAAUGCGGUCUGGGCUCAAUGCCGAGACAUCAGACAGCGGCUCACCGAGAUACUGCAGGCCUCUUAUAGAAAUCAAAUGCCUCUGGGAUCACAACAAAAGGACAGUGUGGCGGCGAAACGCGAUGAGGCCCACUUGAAAGGUCCAACCCUGAGCGUAAUUACAACUAGCCUUGGAGAAAAUGAAGGCGACCCCCGAACAAACCCUGCUGGCGGUCAUACUGAGACUCAAAAUAGUCAUGCCGGACAAGGUGAUAAUGAGACGGUGACGCAUUUCGACCUUCACUGUGAGCCUGUGAGGAGAGAAGCAUCACCGUCGUCAAACUCUGAUCCGAUAAUGACUGAAAACAUGCACGAGGAACUGCAUGUUCAGGGUCUUCAACAGUCAUUCCAGCUCAAAGAGGAAGGAAGAAGUCAAAGUGAAGGCAAAGUUUCCACAUCACACAAUGGCCGUCGGAUGUACUCUCACAGUGACAGUGAUCUCAGAAAGUCAGGCCGGCUCAAUGAGUUCAGCCGUUCACCACAUUAUAAAGCCCUGGUCUGCUCACGUAGUGAAGGCUCUUGUUUGCGAUUCACCAACUAUCAUGUUUCUAUGUGGAAAACCAAUGCUGCAGUCAAGCACAAA